ACACUCUUUCAAAUAACAAUAACAAAUAUGUCUGGAGGAAAAUCUGGAGGAAAGUCUGCUGCUGGUGCCAAGUCCCAGACCCGCUCUGCUAAGGCUGGUCUCCAGUUCCCUGUCGGUCGUAUCCACCGUCUCUUGCGUCGUGGAAACUACGCCCAGCGUGUUGGUGCCGGUGCUCCCGUCUACCUCGCUGCUGUCCUUGAGUACCUCGCUGCCGAAAUCCUCGAGUUGGCUGGUAACGCUGCCCGCGACAACAAGAAGUCUCGUAUCAUCCCCCGCCACUUGCAGUUGGCCAUCCGUAACGACGAAGAAUUGAACAAGUUGCUCGGUCACGUCACAAUUGCCCAGGGUGGUGUUCUUCCCAACAUCCAUGCUACCUUGUUGCCCACCAAAACCAAGAAGGCCGGUGUUUCCCAGGAGGUUUAAAAUAAUGAUAAUCAGCGUAUACACACACACAUAUAUAUAAUUCAUUUAACUACUCAUGUAAAACUUUGUCAAUUUGCAACUCAUCAUAAUAUUAUUCUCGCAUCCUUUUUAUUUAUUUGUUGUGUAUUUGAAACUAUUGUACAUAUUUAAAAUAAAAAUAAAAUUAAAUAAAAUUAAAGACCUAAAUCCAAAAUACAUACAAU